AUGGAAGCAGUCGGUAAGGGGAAUGUGAAAAUGGAGAAAGUGGCACAGAGAGAAGACAACUCUGAUAAGUUAAAGAAGAAGAAAAAAAAAAAAAAAAAAGUUAAAAUUUGUGAAACACUUAUAUGUAAAAGGAGCCAAGGGGAGGAUACUGCCCAGGGAAAGGACGUUGGAAAGGCUGAUGCAAAGACAGCUAAAACGAAGGAAGCCAAGGCUGUGGGAACGGCCGCGGAAAAAGGGCCAAAGGUUCAACACGCCGUCCUAGGCAAGUCGAAAGAAAGGAAGUGUAAGGAGGCCAAGGCGAAGAAAGCGCAGCUGAAAAGGGUGAAGGCAAAAUGUGAUUCACCCAAAGGGGAUUGGUUCAAAAGGGAGCUCCAACCAAAUACGAAACAAAAGACAACAGGGGUCGGAUGUACCCUUAAAAAGGUGGAGGAGGGCUCGGACCCUUCUUCGGGGGAGGAUCCUCUUGGGGAAUGUCCCAGCGUUAUUCCAUUGGUGAUGCGCAAGGGGGGGAAAAGUCAGGAAAAUGUGUUCAAAGGGAAAAGUGGAAAAGAUGAAAAGGCAAAAGGUGAUAAGCGAAAAAGGGAUAUAAAAACAGAGGCGCACAAAAAUGAGAAGCACAAAGAAACUCCACGGCAAAGCCACAACAGGGAACGAGAGCCCCCGCUGUGGGGGCUACUAGACGGGUUAGCGAACGCCUCUGCGCUUUGCUCCACAGAAUCAUCCACAUUAUCUCUCGCCUCAGGUAGGUCAGAAAAUUCCAGCCUCUAUUUGGAGGAAGACAGCCUCAUUGAAAUAUGCAUUGGUCAAGCAAAGCUAAAUAGCAAGGAGACAGAUUGCUCUAAUUAUGUAGAAGCAUUUUGUGUGUCCUACUUUGUGUAUGAAGACCCCCUAGAAAUUUUCAGCUUAUUUCAGGGAGUAAGUUGGCUGCCAGAAUUGAGAAAUAGAUGUACUUCCCUAAACAAAAUCGAAUUUAAACCUCAAAAAAACAUCAAGGAAAUUAACUCCUCCGCAUACGUAAAUAUCAAUCAGUGUGUACAUCUAAGAAGGAGAUACAAUGAAGUCCUAAACAUUGUGGACGAUGGGAUCGCCUACGUUUUUAUUUCCAUCAUUGGAGUAAAUUUGAAGGAGUAUGAAAAGUUUUAUCAGAGGGAAUAUGGUACCAUGAACGGAGGUAUAAACUCUACCUACACUUCUUACAACAGAAGCGAUACUGUUAAGCCUCUAAACCGAUUUGACCACCCGUCGGGGAUAUGCCGCAAUAUGGAUGAAGAGCAUCAAAGGGGAGAUGAGAAUGUCGCCCUUGUGAAUAAUCUCGUGGAGAAAUACAAAAACGAAAUGGAGUUAGAAUUGGAUUUUAUUGGAGAGAAGAAAAUUGUCACAGAGAGAAACUACAAAAAAUUUCUUCAUAUUUUAGGCUCCUCCAUCAUUCCCAUAAAAGUGUGUAAUGAAGGAGAAGCAAAAAGUGUCGAGAAUAUGCGCACUAGAGAUAGUUACAAUAUCUACCCCCAUGAAGUCAUUCGAGCCGUCUUGUACAACUAUCUAGACCUGUUCAGAAAAAACAAAAAGGCGAAUUUAUUCCACCUUAUUAGUAAGCAUGGAAACGAGUUAUUACCAAUAGGUCGUCUGAAUAUUCAGAGUAAGGAAGUGAAAAAGGAUGGACUACCCCCCUUCGAUGUCCUUGACGAAGAGGAUAUGCUUCACAAUCUCAGCAAUGGGAAAAGUCACGCAUAUAAUAUUGCAGAGAAAAUUUUUAAAUACAUUACAAUGAGAAGAAUAAAUAAAACACAAGAAAAAGAUAACUUCAUAAAAGAAAUAAAGAAAUUGUGUUCCUACUUAGAUGAAAGAUUAAAUAAAAAGGAUCCAAAAUACAUGAACGCAUCUUUUUCCUACUUUGAAAAGUGUCUACAAAAAAUGGAUGAUAUGAAAGAGCAAGAAAAAUUUAGUAAAAAAAUUAGAAAAAAACUAUUUAAAAUGUUGGAACUAUCAAAGAGGAAAUUCCCAAACGCGGUAUGUUCACGCAGUUGUAGAAUUUUAGAAGUGCCUUGCUCACAUCUAAUUGUUUUUGUUCACUGUGUGUCCAACAUAACUCUUAAGUUGAACUCGUUAAGAAAUUUUAUUGACGUAAGUUACUUCCAUGGGAUCAUACUUUGGGAGGAAGAGGGGAACAGUGUGUAUAACCUUCAAAAUGUAAAGGACAGAAAAAGGAGGACAAUCAAAUUGGCAUCACGAAAUGGGAUUCAGGCUGACUACUACUUCGCCAAGGAAAGUGGGCAACGAGAUCGCAAGAUGAAUGAAGAAAAACAGGAUAUCGUUACUUUGAAACUUAAUUUUAACACCCCCGUCAUCCUACCUUACAACUACAACGCUCCUUCUUGUCGGUUAAAUUUUGUCCUUCUUCACAAUGACACUCCGCUGCUCCAUUUGGCUGGAAGCGGCGGCAGAGAGGGCAGUUGCGGAUACCAUAUAAAUGAUAAUGUCCCGUUUAACGAAGGGGAUAAAGUGAAAAAGAACCUCGAAACGCAUCCGCAUUAUCUGAAAAUGAAAGGGUAUGUUCCCUUCACAGAAAAUUCGAGACCCUUUGUUGAACUUUCCUUCUACACACACCCAAGGAAUAGCACAUUUUUUUCUGCAGAAAAGUAUAAACUUCUUUACAAAAAUAAAAUGAAAAGCAACUUGGGGGAAGACAUUACUCUUUCCUCGUAUUCAGCUCCUAAUUUUGGAAGAGACAAACUGGUUUUUCAUUUUUUCGAUGAUUUUUCGGAUGAUCUACGUGUGGGGAAAACAACCCAGGGGAGUCAUUUUAAGAGUUACUUCUUCGUGCCUAUUAUGGGGCGUGAAAUGCAAUACGAAUUUCCUGAGGGGAAGCGCGAUGACCCCUCAUCCAGGGAUAUUCAAUUGUUUAAUGCUUCAUCUAGGAAUAUACAAUCGUGUGACAUUGCCCCGAGGAAUGCUCUAUCGAGCAGUGUCUACAUGCAUGGUGAACGUGGAAUCUCCCCGCUGGAUGCUCCCAUCCAGGUUAUCCACUUCGCCGUGGCAGAAGGAAGAGGACUCCAAGGGGGCGAAAUAAACAAGUGGCACUCCUUCUACGUACACACCAAAAAUUACAGAAAAAGGAAUAUAUAUGGAGGAAAGCACGUUCAAAUUAGAAUACAAAUUGAGCCACUCGGUUAUUUUCAAUUAGACUAUGCUGCUAACCCUUGCACAAAAGCAGAUGUAAAGGAAAACGCAUUAAGUUGCUAUGCACCUAAUAAAGGGCUGAUGGGUCCUGAUCAGUUCUGCUUCAAAUCCUUCAGUGGGAUCCACGAACUGGUAGAUUAUAAAGUGGAGGAUUUAAAGAAUGGUACUUACGAGGUGACAUAUCAGGUGCACACAGUGGGAAGGAAGCUUCUGUACAUUUUCUGCGAUGGGAUCGAUGUGAUUGGUUCCCCAUACGAAAUAAAGGCUACCCCCUCGGGGGCGGAUCCCAAGUCAUGUAGAAUUUUGGGCAAGGGGGCCACCCAGUGUCUGGCCACUCCCGUUCUGGACCUGCACAAUGGGCCCUGGGUGGGUGGCCAUAUGGACAAGCGGCAAUACGAGAAGAUGUGUGCGCAGCGACAGGUCAAUAUGGGUUCCAAUGUGAAUUUCAAUGUGGGUGUCAAUCUGGAAGGAGGCCCCAUUCAUAACCAAGGUGUUAACGAUUCUGCCUUCCUGGAUGUCUCCGUAGGUGCUCAACUUUCCUCGACCGAUACCAAGGCAGGUCUAGCGCCAAGUGAGGGGAAUCUCGAUGGAGCUGUCCCAGAGGCGAAUGCCCCCAAAGGGGUCGACGCUGGCGCCUCCGCAGUGGAAGAUCGCCCAGGGGAGACUCACCCCAGUUCUGCCGUUGCUUCCAACGUUACCACUCCAAAUGAUGAAAAUGAUUUCCACAUCAUCUCCGUAAAGAAGCGAGAUGCGAACGCAGACUUGGGGGGGGGCAAAAGGGAAGAAAUGUCAGAUCUGUGUGGUCGAGAAGAAGCGCUAGCUAGUAUAUCAUCAGCGAGGAGAACUCCCUACUGCAAUAACCAAGCGAACAAGCUUUUUUGUCAGCCCCAAUAUUACGAUGAAAUAAAAGGAGAGAACAUCACCGAGAUGGACAAAGAAAACAAGCACAGAUUUUCUCAGCUCCUACAAGAAGCCCAAAUACUAAACACAUUUACAAUAAUACUUUGUGAUAAAAAUGGGGUAAAGGUAAGUAUCGGGAACGACAACGUAAAAGUGGUGGGAAAAAAUGGCGCAGAGAUCAAACGAGUCGUGGACAACAAUGACGGUAGUUACACAGUUGAGUAUGUCACACAUUUUGAAAGAGAGAAAAUGAAAAAAAUGUUUCACGAAGAAGAUAUAGAACAGGUGGAAAUGUUUUAUGAAGAAUUUCUCAUAAACUGUAGUAGAAAAGAAAACGAUAAUUAUAUCAUUGAAAAAUUUCAAAGGAGGUUCGAUAAGAGCAUUCCUAUAUGUUGCCAGAUUCAUGUCUAUAUAAAUGAGGUUGAGAUGUUUGGAUCCCCACUAAAACCCAUAAUUAUGAACAUAUCACAGAUUCUCCACUUCUUCAAUUUAUAUUUCCAGUUCACCUACUCCGGGUUGUUACUAAAAAGUUUUGAAUUUUUAUUAAAUUGUAAUGAUUAUGAGGGGUGCGUGAGCAGCCUUUCCUCAUUUUAUUCUUCUUUCUUUGGUAUGGUGGACAGUGAACAAGAGCACACCAAGUUAAUAGUCUCGAAGAAGUUGCCAAGAAUGAACCGAUUUGUAUCUACCAAUGGAACUGAUAAGCAGGUUAUAGGUGAAAAAUUCUUUUUUCAAAUUCCACUGAACGUUUUUGACUUGGGGAAGAGGGUUCUCACAGAUAGUACCUUACCAGGGGAUCAGAUCCCUCCUCAUGGGCACACCCAAUGGGGAGAAGAAGGAAAAGGUGUAGGGGAGAAGUAUAUGAAGGGUUCUCUAUUACAGGGGAGAGUAAUUCCAGAGAUGAACGAAUCUUCAUUUACGAAUGAGUGGUUACACAUGCACAUGCAAAAAACAAGGUUGUCUGAAAAAGAGGCAAAGUAUGACCUGGGCAUGAACCUAGCCUACUCGUUAAGUAAUAUUAUUUUACAACACCUGAUAUAUUUGAAGAAGUAUAAAUUCUUUAUCAACUCCAAGCAAUAUGAAAAUGGCUUGCUCCAAAAUAAUAUACUGACUCAGUUUAGGAAGCUCAUGGAGGAGGAGUACAACAAAAUGUUUGCCUACCAAACGAAUAACAUCAUAAAGUACUGCCAGAAAAUUGGGAAUGUCAAAUUUAGCGGAUUGGAAGAAUUAAUAAAGGUUUAUAAAGGUAUUGCAUUUGAGUUGAGGAAACUGAAGAAGAAUGAUUUGGCGGAUGAAUUCGAUAAGUGCUGUGAACACAUGUGUCAGGAGUUGUAUCUUCACAACAUCGAGUCAAGUCUUCUCAGGAAGGAAGCCACGUUGGAGAAGUAUGAGAAAGUCAUUGACCAGAAAAUAGAUAAAGUAAACGAAAUGAAGGAGAGGCUAAAGAAGUAUCAAGAGAAAGAGGUAGAUAUUGACAGAAUUUCUAAACUGUGCAAAGUUAAAAGGGAUAAAUCUAUUCAGACGAAUGAUUACUUGUCCAUGUCACACAAGAAGAGCUUCUUAAGUGCACUUAUCGAGUCGAGGAAGGAUGAAUCCUCAGAAAAGGGAGAAACGAUAAAAAAAAAUGAACAAUCACACCAGUCCCAAGUGGAAGAAAAACAAAUCCGACAAAUGGUGAGAAAGUACUGGAGAAAUGCAUCCACCUAUGACAUAUUUGUAAGUAUAAAAAAAACAAUGAAUAAUUGCCCACGAUUGAAAAUUUCCCUGGACGAAACAUUUAACUAUUACAGUUGUAGUGUCAAGAAGGACAACAAAAUGAAGGAUUUUCAAAUUAAGAAAAUGCAGGAAAUAAAAAUGGUAGAAAACCUGGACAAUUUAAAAAAAAUAGACUUAAAUCAAGAAAAUAAUAACCUACUUUCACAUAACGACUUGACUACGUUCCACCUGACGUAUAACGUUUAUAUAGCUCUCCUAAUAGACUUACGAUGUAAUAAAUUUUUUAUUAAAGAUUUGGACAAUGUCCUUUGGCUCUUCGAAAAAUUUUCAAUUCAGCACCACUCCUUUCGAAACCUUUACAACCCCUAUGGAUUUUUACGGGUUAUUCCAAAGUACCUCUUCAUUGCGUUUCUUAGAGAGCUGGCCUAUUUGAAUAUGCUCUAUGUUAUAUCUGAAUGUGUAGUCACUAAUAAUGAGGACGAAAAAAUACUCCUCAACACCAAUCACCCUUCUCGGCUCUCCUCAUUUCAUCAUUUUGUCAAGUACCAUUUUGUUCCCUUUUAUGAGGAACUUAGCUUGGAACCCAAUUUUCAGAAUUUUAAACAAAAUUUAAUUGAGCAUAAUGUGGAAGAGGCCGACCCAGAUAGCACCAAGGAUACAUGCUCCUCUAAGGGCGGGAUCAUCACCACCCCACAUGUACACAUAAACCUACUUGAUUUGGAGACUUACUUCAACGAUGAGUUGCCUGUCCUAGUUCGACACAAGAAUUUCGAGAAGACCUUCCCCCUUCUGUUUGAUUACUACUCUGAUUUGUCUUCCCCGCGUGGUGCCCCUCCGAAGGAACGUUCCGGGCCAGUUACUCAAGGGGAAGUCGACCAGGGGAAGACCGCCUCCAACUCCGCCAACUCCGCCAACUCCGCCAACUCUGUUAACAAGGAUAACAUGACUAACGGGGCGAACAAUGCUAAUGUCGCUAAUAUGGAUAACCAAGUGGGAAACGGAGAAAACGCGCCAUGCCCCGAGAAGCAUGUCUCCGUCGCCAUCUUCAUUCGAUUCCUGCGCGAGUUUGGUAUCAUCCCGCACUUCUUUAGCAACCAUAUGGCCUUACAGACACUGCAGUCCUUCAUGCAGAAGAGGGGGAAAAAGAAAUUGAACUACGACGACUUCUCCCAUGCCAUUCUUAUAUCCAUCUGUGAAUGCGUAAAAAAAAACAUUCUCACUCAGUACAACAUGCUCAAGGUCAAUAAUCAGCUGAACUCGAAAAUUCAGACGGAGAAAAUUUUAAAUCCAAGUUAUAUACAAUACGAGGCCAAGGAGUUAAUCUACCUCUUCGGAUUCGCUGACAUGCAGCUGGUGCGGUCGAAGUUGGCCGGGUAG